GCCAUCGAGGAGGCGCCGUGAAGUAUAUAUAGGGCGUCUGGAAGGAGGCUGAGACAGAACGACUCGAGCUCUCACCCAGCCAACACCGAAGCCGCCUCCUCUCCCUCACCUCUCACUCUCACCCUUACAGUAUGAAGAUGCAGGUGGCAGCAGCAGUGGCGGUGGUGCUAGCGGCGGCGCUCGUCCACGCCCACCCACAAAGUUACAACUACGAGCCCCCGCAGCCCCCUCAGCCCCCCCAACAGACCUACCUCGCCCCCCAGCCCCAGCCCAGUGACCGCGUGGACGAGGUGGUAGAGCAACACGAGGGCAUGCCCUACGACUUCCAGUGGGGCGUGCAGGACGAGGAAAGCGGCAACACCUUCAGCCACGUGGAGAACAGCGACGGCCAGACCACCCAGGGGGAGUACCGCGUCCUGUUGCCUGACGGACGCACCCAGGUGGUCAAGUUCUUCGACAACGGGGACGGCUACAACGCUGAGGUCACCUACGAGAAGUAACAACCUCCCGCCACACCUGCAGUUCCCCAAGGCCACGCUUACGAGUAUUUAUAAACCGCGUCUUAGUUCUAAUAAAUUAAUGGAAUAAUUA